AUGAGCAGAAAGCGGCAGCUAACGAUGGAGGAGGCGUUUGGUGCUGGUGGUACCAUCAGAAGGUUGGUGGGUGAUGGCCAUGAUGAAGGUGGAGGUGAUCUGCCUCGGCCUUCAGUUGGCAAAAAGCCUGAGGCUACGGCUAAAGCUACUGCUAAGCAUCUGGCCGUUGGCGGGAGUCCUUGCCGCGCACGUCGCUCCAGAGCAGCCGCACGCAGUUCCAGUGGUCCACGUCGGUCCAGAGAAAGUUCCUCGUCGGAUACAGGCUCUUCAGAGCUAUGGGAACCUGAAGCUGACCCAAACAGCAGUGACUCAUCCCCCGAUUCCCCCAGAGCAACCGGCAGAGCAGUAAGCAGAGUGCUGGCCCAAUCCAGGAGUACUAAUGCUGGUAAAAGGAGGCCUACAGGCGCUACAUUGAGCAGAGGCGCUGCCAGCGUGAGUCCUGCAAAUACAGGUGUGAAGAAAAGAGUUGCAAAGGGUAAAGGCGGCACCUGGCGGAAAUCCGGAUGGAAACCCACUGUCCAGGAUGAGAACGAGGAGGACAUCGAGGACGAGGAGGACGAGGAGGACAUCGAGGACAUUGAGGACAAGGAGGACGAGGAGGACCACAACGAGGAGAACGAAGGGAGGCAGGGACCGGACUCACCAGUGCGGCUCCGGCAGGGCCCCGGACUACAUUUUGUGGAUGGGGGCCCCUGA